AUGAAUGAGCAGAAAACCAUAGUUAAUAUUUAUUUUCUGCAGGUAAUUUCUGAGCUUCGGGAGAAGUUGGAUCUGCAACAUUGUGUUUUGCCAUCACGGUUGCAGGCCUCCCAAGUAAAGUUGAAAAGUAAAGGACGAGCAAGUUCCUCAGGAAAUCAAGAAAGCAAUCAGAGCUGUGUUAUUCUCCUCUUUGAUGUAAUAAAGUCAGCUAUUAGAUAUGAGAAAACCAUUUCAGAAGCCUGGAUUAAGGCAAUUGAAAACACUGCCUCAGUGUCUGAACACAAGAUUUUUGACCUGGUGAUGCUUUUCAUCAUCUAUAGCAGCAAUACUCAGACAAAAAAGUACAUUGAAAUGCUAAAAAAUAAGAUUCGAUCAGGCUGCAUUCAAGAACAGCUGCUCCAGAGUACAUUCUCUGUUCAUUACUUAGUUCUUAAGGAUAUGUGUUCAUCCAUUCUGUCGCUGGCUCAGAGUUUUCCUCACUCUCUAGACCAGAGUAUAAUUUCAUUUGGAAGUCUCCUAUACAAAUAUGCUUUUAAGUUUUUUGACACGUACUGCCAGCAGGAAGUGGUUGGUGCCUUAGUGACCCAUAUCUGCAGUGGGAAUGAAGCUGAAGUUGAUACUGCGUUAGAUGUCCUCCUAGAGUUGGUAGUGUUAAACCCGUCUGCUAUGAUGAUGAAUGCUGUCUUUGUAAAGGGCAUUUUAGAUUAUCUGGAUAACAUAUCUCCUCAGCAAAUAUGAAAACUCUUCAAUGCUCUCAGCACACUGGCAUUUAGCAAACAGAAUGAAGCCAGCAGUCACAUCCAGGAUGACAUGCACUUGGUAAUAAGAAAGCAGCUCUCUAGCACCAUAUUCAAGUACAAACUCUUUGGGAUUUUUGGUGCUGUCAUCGUGGAUGGCAUCAUGGCAGCAGACAGGAGCGCAUCAUCUAGUUUGACCCAAGAGAGAGCCAACCUGAGCAAUGAGCAGUGCACACACGUGACCUCCUUGUUGCAGUUGGUUCAUUCCUGCAGUGAGCAGUCUCCUCAGGCCUCUGCACUUUACUAUGAUGAAUUUGCCAACCUGAUCCAACAAGAAAAGCUGGAUCCAAAAGCCCUGGAACGUGUUGGGCAUACCAUCUGCAAUGAUUUCCAGGAUGCCUUCGUAGUGGACUCCUGUGUUGUUCCGGAAGGUGACUUUCCAUUUCCUGUGAAAGCACUGUACGGACUGGAGGAAUACAACACUCAGGAUGGGAUCGCCAUCAACCUCCUGCCGCUGCUGUUUUCUCAGGACUUUGCAAAAGAUGGGGGUCCGGUGACUCCACAGGAAUCAGGCCAAAAGUUGUCCGCCCCGCUGGAGGUGGCCACUAUCAAGCCACUUGGCCUGGACAAGCAGCAGUGCUCCCAGUAGGCGGUGGUGCAGGCCCGCCUGACCCAGCCUGCCCGCCUCACCAGCAUCAUCUUCACAGAGGACAUCAGUAAGGGCUGAGUGCCCUUACAGGCAUAAGCCACCUUGCUCAGCCUAUUUGUAAGGUUUUUGAUACAUGGGACUGUAUUGCUUUCCAACAAAACAAUGUUAACAAUGUACAAGUACCUGGAGAAGAGUCAGAAAAAUGUUGUAUCCUGCUGCUAUGCUUACAUUUCAGAAUUCCCCAGCCACAGGCCAGGUCCUGCGCUGUGAUGCCAUCGUGGACCUCAUCCAUGACAUCCAGAUUGUCUCCACCAUCCGCGAGCUCUACCUGGAGGACUCCCCCACAGAGCUGAAGAUCCAGGCCCUGGACUCCGAGGACUGGAGAGGACGAAGGCCCUGAGGUCCAAGAACAUUGACAGUGGACACCAAUGGCUUUGGGGAG